AUCUUGAUCUGUAGACGCAAACACCUCCACUUGGGCAACGGGAAUCAUUUGAGGGACGGAGUCGCCCAAUUGAGAGCUCUCAAGGGAAUCAAGGCUGCAGAAGGACUUUCCGGUAUUAAUUGUUUGUUGUGACUAAAGUGCGAAGUUAUAGGUGCAAGCGACCUUUUCAAUGUGCCUGCCUGAGGGUGGAUUCUAUUCCAGCUUUCGGCAAUGAAUGUCUUCGGCUGGAACAUUGAGAAUCAUUGGAUAUCAUGCUAGUUUUGCACCUGCACUAGCGGAUGAGGAAUUGGGGCCCAGUGUGCUAGAAGUAAGUCUAGGGACUGAUAUUAGACUUCGAUUGUCAAGAUUUUGGCAACGGAGAGCUGGGUUGUGAAGGCUUAACACAUUCGACGAGUAUCAGGAAUUGUAGUCAUGAGAACACGAAAAAUUUAGACACUUAGAGGGGGGUUUUGGUGUGUGAGCGAGAAGGUGGAGGUUCAGAGAUUUUCUGAGCUGGCCAGCACAUGUGUUGGUGGUGAAGAAAGAUGUCGUCGUUCGCCUUGGAGGAGUUCGUUGGCAAUGGGGUGCUGCGUGACCAGAUGGAUAGCUUCAUUGCCGAUGGCUGGGCUGAUGUGCCCACGCUCAAGUUUAUGAGCAAGGAGGAUAUGGAUACUCUUCAGCUCAGCCAAAUGCAGCGUGAUGCGCUGGAGAUUCGGUCUCACCUCCAUGACAGAAUGCUCAUGAGGUAUGCGGACACCUUAGAAGCCUCAGGAAAAACGUUGUCGGAGCUUCUCAGCACCAGCCCAACCCAACUCACCAUCGAUUACAAGAUGCGACGAGGUCAUGUCGCAAGGUUCUUAGAAAUGGGAGGCGCUUGCGCUGUCAAGUUGCCUAACAAUCUUACCCUUCCCGCUCGGAAGUUCACCGCCGUGCACCGUGGCAAUGCCGGCAUUCGUGUCGAUAAUGACAAUGGGUUUGACAAUGUCGACGAGCCCCUACUCCCUGUCGCCGCCGGAGAUCAGAAGCCCCGGUUCACCAACGAUGUGAAAAGCAAAUUCGAGGUGUCACCGCAACCCAGCAUGCAGAAGAAUGAACUGAACAGCUUCAGCAGCAAUCAUGAGGUACUCAAGUCGCCCGUGGUGCUGAAAGGACCCUUUAGCGGGCAAGCUCCAUCCUCGAACAGCAGAGGCAUCUUCUCAGCCCCGGAGGUGCCGCCUCGACUAUGCGGCAUAUUGCGAGACAAAGGCGUGAAAGAGGAGAUGACCCCUCUUUCAGUUCUAGAGAAGAUCAUGGUCCAGAAGGUGACGCCGGUAUACACCAAGGGCGCCAACCCCUUCAAAAACAAAGGGUCGCUUAAUCCGUUACCCGCUCCUGUGAAGGCGUCUGAACUGUGGGCGGAGAAACCGACGAUUAUUCUAUGUCUUCGUCGUCCUGGAUGUGUGAUGUGCCGCGCCGAAGCACAUCAGUUGUACACCCGCAAGCCAAUCUUCGACGCGAUGGGCAUCCAGUUGGUCGUCUUGCUCAAUGAAUACGUCGACAGCGAGGUGAAAGCAUUCUGGCCACGGUACUGGGGCGGAGUAGUGGUCGCGGAUAGCAACCGGGACUUUUUUAAAGCACUUGGACAAGGAAAAAUGCCCCGAGAGAACUACUUGACUGGGUUUUUCCUAAACCCGACUGCGCUCUCGAACUUCAAGCGCGCUACGGCCACGAACUUCGACUGGAACGUGAGGGGCGAGGGGAAUAUCAAAGGAGGCAUGUACAUUCUCCGAGCUGGAAGCGGCGGGAUCGCUUACCAAUUCGUAGAGCGCAACUUCGGCGACUGGGCUCCGCUCGACGAAGUCAUGGAAGCUUGCGAAAUCAUCAUGCAGAAAAAAUGAUCUGCACGGAGUGUAACUCGAUCACGACUGAAGAAUCUUUUAGCAAUUUUUUUUACUCUUUUUUCCUCUUUUUUUCUUACUUGGUCAGUUUACUACGUAUGAUACUGCUGACAUAGAAUUGUACAAUUUGUUCUUGCUGGAGUUGGGUGCUGAUCAGCUCAGGAAGCAAUAAGGAGUGUUAGAUAGACCCACUAUGCUGGGUUCAAUACAAUCUGGGAGUUUCCACUUCUGAAAAAUGAGAUGAUAUUAUAUUGUUGGUUUUGAUACUUGGACCUGUUUUUAGACAUGGCUCUUUUUCACAUCCACUGUGACGGAUCCAAAUGAUUUAAUGCAAAUGAUUAUUGUCUUGGCUUCUGCUACUCCUUA